CAUGAGCUGAUUUAAGUCUCAAAAGCCUAAAAAGGUCAAAAGUGUAUUUUUUUUUUUUUUUUUAAGGACUCAGAGGUAGUUACUGAAAACACUCUAGAGCGGUAGGGCUGAGUGCUUUGGCAUUUAGGAAGAAGGAUCUCUCUCUCUCUCUCUGUGUCUCACCACUCUUCACCAAGGAUUGAAGCUGUUGAAAGGGACCAUGGCAGUGGCUGCUAAUGCUACAUGAUCUAGGGUGGACUUACACCUACAGCCCCCAUGCUCGCUAAAGGACACACAGAGACUCGGGCUUUAGCAAAUGAUUUGAGAUGAAAUAUAUUGCUCAAUGGAUCCUGUUACCUUCACUUGGACUUUGUGGGGAUGUCCAAAGGGAUUCCUUUCGGCUUUAAUGGCAAAAGUUAACCCACAGAGCAACAGCCCAGGUCAAACAUCCUCUGUGUCCUCUCAGCAGACCCCCAUGGAGUCUUUCAGAAGAGGCCUUCAGUAACUGCAGCUCAUCUUGAUACUCCAAUCAAUUACCAGACAAAAAGUACAGUCUGUAAAGAAGUCGGAAAAGAAAUCAAGAUGGCAGAAGGCCCUGGAUCCAGUCCCAGUCUCGACAUCCCUUCCAAGAGGCCCAAAGUCACUAAGGACCAGGUUGUUCCAGGCGCCGGGGUUGCAACACAGGAACCCACAGCGCCGGUUUUCACCCGUAAACUCCGUAAAGCAGCAGUAGGAACGGGUUGUGAUAUCCGACUGAGGGUGUCUGUGGCAGGAUUUCCAAAACCUUCGCUGACCUGGUACCACAACGACGAGCCCCUUCCUCCAUCAGAAGCCCAGGACUCAGGAGGGCUGUGGAUACGGGACUGCCGCACGAGCGAUGCUGGCUUGUAUGCCUGUUUGGCGACCAAUGAGCUGGGAGAGGCAAGCUGCAGUGCUGUCUUGGCCAUUAUGGACCUUGGUGAAGACUCUGAGACCACAGAGGAUGAGACCACAGAACCUCAGAUGGAAACCAAAGAAGGGCCCGGGAGGCACCAAGACAAGACUGGACGGAGAGGACCUUCAGGUGAGGGAGGAGGGAUGAUGGACUAUAACCCAGAUGCUUCAGAUCGCAGGGCCACCCUCCCCGGCGCUUAUGAUUCUGUGGUGGAGCGAGAGCUCCGCGCUCUGGGCUCCCGCCCUCCGGGGUCCCACUUGGACCCCACAAACCCAGCCAGGACUGCUGAUGAAUCACAGGGGCUCUCCCCCCGUGCCUCCCUGUCUUCUCCCCAACCACCUCCCAGUACACACAAAAACAGCAUCAGUACCCCAAACCAAGACCUGGGUAAAACCAAACCCUCAGAUAUCCAAUUUUCUAAGACAGACCAGAUAUCAAGUGCUAAUAGUGUUGUCAUGACACCCAAACUGGCCCGUGCGGGGCCAAAGAUCUUCGACAAGGUCCGUGCUUUUGAGGAGCGAAGGGCUAGUGUGGAUCUGCCCGGAGGAGUCGGACCUGUUUCUGGAUCUGGAUUUGGACGAGCAGCUUCCUUCGACUCAGACGAUGGCGGGAAGAAGACGGCAGGCCCGAGCAAAGAAGAGGGUCGAAUCAUGCAGGGAGCAGCCCAGAAGCGAACAGCGUUCAAGCAACGGGCCUCGUCUUUAGAGGACAAGACGAGCUACUCCCAGAGGGUCCAGAGCUACCAGAGCAAAUUUGCCGAAGAGCUACAGCGGAUCAAAAAACUUGUGGGGAAACCAAGCUUGAAGAAGGCGUAUUCCACUGAGCAGCUGUCGCAGAAAGAGAGGCUGACCACGGGGAGACUAGAGCCCAUUCCUCCCCAAGUGGUUAAAAAGUUGGAGGCAAGGGAGCGAGCCGCAGAGGACAGAAAAGUUGUGGAGAGGGAAGGGAACAGCAGAUUACAGAUUUCUCUGCAGGCCCAAGGCAAAGAUCUGAUGAUUCAAAGAAGCAAGAUGACACAGCCAGAUUCACAGGGGAAACCAGUGGACAGCUCAUCACGAGGAAGCACAGGGAAAAUCUCUGUUACCAUGGAGACGGCACCAGUUCAACAGUUACCAGGACAACCACUGCAAACAGCCACAAGGACUAGCCUCACCAGGGAAACCCUACAAAGCUCUCCAGCAGCUGACAAAGACGCGCUUGUUGCCACAUCUCUAAAAUCCUCCUUCAGAGAUCUGGGGCCGGAUUCCAAAAGGGACACCAAGAUGGACAACAAAGCAGACCCUAGAUCACCAAGCCCUCAUGGGAAGAGAGCAUCCCCAAUAACUGUGAGGGAACCAGGGUCCCAGUAUCCACCCAAACCCCCCCGGCUCACCCCGUCACCCAGUCCCUCCAUCAGCCCUCUCCUGAAAAGGAGGAAGGCGGAGGUGAGUCGGACGUGUCCAGCCUUGAAAUUGGUCAUCCCCACUAUUCUGGUGGAGGAUGAACUCAUGGAGACGGACUGCGUUACAGACAGGAGCAUCGAGGGAGCCAAAACCAGAAGGAAAGAGGGGAAAGUUCGCAAGAGCAAGAAAGGCCGUUCCAUUCAACCCCGAUCUCCAGAGGAAGGGGGUUCAUCUGAUGACUCCUACCUGUCUGCUGAUGAGGAGCCAGCUGAGGGCCCUAGGUUUGAGAGGCCUCUUGAGGACGCCACGGCAUCCAGUGGCACCGAGGUCACACUGAAAUGCAUCAUCACUGGGAGCCCGCCCCCUACAGUGACAUGGAAGAUGAAUAAUACGGAGAUACGGAGCGAUGCCUUCCAUGUGGUUAAGGCUGAGGGUGAGAAACACAGUCUCGUGAUAAAGCAGAUGAGGCAGAGCAACGCAGGGUCAUACUGCGUCGUAGCUGUCAACCCGGCCGGCAGCGCGUCCUGCGUCGCCACGCUCUAUAUCCAAUCAGAGCCAACCCACAUACAAUGUGGGAAACAAGCCGGGGACUUGGAAGUCAGUAGUCCGACCCAGUCAGACGAGGAGUAUCUGAGCCCUCAGGAGGAGGCGAUGGAGCUCGGGGACUCACCUGCUCUGACUAAAAGUGUUCACUUCAAAGAACCUCCCUCGUUUCAGGUGUCACCGUGUGACCAGGGGAUAACUGAGGGUCAAGAUGUCAUCAUCUCAGCAAAGGUCAGAGGGCAGCCCAAACCCAUGGUUUACUGGUUGAAGGACAGAGUUACGCUGAAGACAGCGGGGCGCUUUGCUGUGCGAGAGACAGACGAUGGCACCAGUGAAAUGAGAAUCGUCUCAGCUCAGAGGUCAGAUGCAGGGCUUUAUGUCUGCAAGAUCAUCAACGAGUACGGAUCCAAGCAAGCGGAGUGCAGAGUUGAUGUGAAAGCAGCUGCACAAACAGCACUAAAUAUCACCAGGGAGGUGAAAGAUGUGACGGUGAGGGCCGGCGAGUCGGCCAUGUUCGAGUGUCACAUGACAGGACCUCCAGACGUCGAUGUGGACUGGCUGUCCAAUGGGAAGCUGAUCCAGCCGGCGCUGCUCAACUGCAAAAUGCACUUUGAUGGCAAGAGGUGCCGUCUGCUGCUGAAUUCAGUACACGAGGAUGAUAGUGGAAUAUACGUUUGCAAGCUGAGUACUGCCAAAGAGGAGCUGACCUCAAGCGCAAAACUGAAGGUCACCCCAUCCAAGGAGCCUCUGUUCACCCGAAAGCUAGACAUCCUGGAGGUCAUCGAAGGCCGCACUGCCCGGUUUGACUGUAAAGUGAGUGGAUCGCCUGCUCCACGAGUCACAUGGAUGCAUUUUGAGACAAGAGUGGAGGAGAGCGAUAAUGUACGCAUCCUUCAAGAGGGAGGUCGUCACUCACUUGUCAUCACCCACGUUAGCAGCGACACAGAGGGCUUCUACACAGCAGUCGCUCAAAACAUUCAUGGAAAGUCUGAAUGCACCGCUGAGCUCUACAUGCAAGAACCUCGUGCUGCCAUCUCGUCUCACAUGGCCAAGCUGGAAAAGAUGCCAUCCAUCCCCGAGGAGCCCGAAGUGCUGGAGAGCGAGGUGGAGAAGAGGACCAUGCCAGACUUUGUCAAACCUCUGGCUGAUGUGGAGGUGAUUGAAGGCAAAGAGGUGGUGCUGAAAUGCAAGGUGGCGGGCCUGCCGUAUCCAACCAUCGGCUGGUACCACAACGGCAAGCCCAUCGAGAGCAGCGAAGAACGCAAAAUGACCCAGUACAGGGAUGUCCACAGUCUGGUCAUUCGGAGCGCUUGUCAUGCUCAUGGGGGCGUCUACAAGGCUGUCAUCUCCAAUAAAGUGGGCAAAGCAACCUGCUAUGCACAUCUAUACGUCACAGACAUCGUUCCUGACCCCCCCGAUGGUCCUCCAGUGAUAGAGGCUAUUACAGGGAAAACUAUAAGCCUGAGCUGGAAGAGACCAAAGAGGCUUGAUUCUUCAUUUGAUGCCGGCUCCUUGCUAUAUAUGGUCCAGCAGCAGCCUCUGGGCUCUAUCCAGUGGUCUGUCGUGGCGUCUAAUCUGAGGGACACCAACUACACUGUCACCUCGCUGUCCAAGGGAGUUCGCUACGCUUUCAGAGUCCUGACGUCCACCGGGAAGACAUCGAGUAAACCAUCAGCCUCGACUGACCUGGUCCAGCUGCUGGACAGAGGACCCUAUUUGAGGAAAGCACCGAUCAUAUUGGACAAACCUGACAUUGUUUAUAUGGUUGAGAACCAACCUGCAAACAUCACCAUCACACUCAACCACGUGCAUGCAGUUGUCACCUGGAAAAGGAGGGGGGUGGUGUUGGUCAACAGACCGGGGAUGUAUGAGAUGAGCAUGCCUGACGACGACCAACACACCCUGAAGCUUCAGCGAGUCAGGAGCACAGACGUCGGGCAGCUGGUGGUCACGGCCAGCAACCAGUUUGGCAGCGACCUCUGCACGCUUCAGCUGGCCAUGGCAGUGCCUCCUAAGUUUGAAACCAUCAUGGAGGAUGUUGAUGUGCACAUUGGAGAGACGUCCCGUCUGGCUGUUGUGGUUGAAGGGAAACCAGACCCAGAUAUUCUGUGGUAUAAGGAUGAUGUGCUUCUCUCUGAGAGCAGCCACUUCACGUUCGUGUACGAUGAUCCAGAAUAUUCCUUGGUUGUCCUCAACGCCCAACCCGAACACUCUGGUGUGUACACCUGCACUGCAAAGAACCUGGCCGGCUCCAACUCCUGCAAGGCUGAACUCACAGUUCAUACAGAGCGAAAAGAAACAGCAGAGCCAAUGGAGGACGAGGGAACCAUUCUGAGGAAGAUGAGGCGUUUGACGGAUUACUAUGAUAUCCACAAAGAGAUAGGGAGGGGUGCCUUCUCCUAUGUGAAGAGGUUGACUCAGAAAAAGGGAAAGGCCGACUUCGCUGCCAAGUUCAUUUCUGCGCGAGGAAAGAGGAAAGCCUUGGCCCUAACAGAGAUGGACCUACUGUCUGAGCUGGACAAUGAGAGGAUUCUCUAUUUCCACGAUGCCUUUGAGAAGAAGAACGUGGUGGUGCUCAUCACAGAGUUAUGUCACGAGGAGUUGCUGGAGAGGAUGGCCAAAAAAACAACAGUCAAGGAACUGGAGAUCCGCUGUAGUGUUCAGCAGGUUUUGGAAGGCCUUCGUUAUCUUCACCACAAAAACAUUGCCCACCUUGAUAUAAAGCCUGAAAAUAUUUUAAUGGCAAGUCCUGGGAGUGACCAGAUCCGUAUUAUCGACUUUGGUAAUGCCAUAAAAUUGGAGACUUCAGAGGAGCGCUACUGCAAAUACGGCACGCCAGAAUAUGUUGCACCAGAGAUUGUUAACCAAACUCCUGUCUCCACGGCAACAGACAUAUGGCCUGUUGGUGUCAUCACUUACCUCUGUCUGACUGGUGUGUCUCCUUUUGCUGGUGAGAAUGACAGAGCCACUGCCUUAAACAUCCGUGACUACAAUGUGGCGUUUGAGGAGAGCAUGUUUUCCGACCUCUGCAAAGAAGCAAAGGGAUUUGUCAUCAAGCUUUUGGUGGUGGAUAGACUGAGGCCCAGUGCCAUUGAGUGCCUUCGUCAUCCUUGGUUCAAGUCACCAACGAACAAGAGCAUCAGCACAGCGAUGCUGAAGCAAGUUUUGUCUAGAAGGCGAUGGCAGCGUUCCCUUAUCAGCUACAAAUCCAAGAUGGUGAUGCGGUCAAUCCCACAGCUUUUGAAUGACUCAUCCAGCCACGUCUCCAUCGCUGUGGCCCGGCAUUUAAAAGAAGACUCCCCACCACCCUCCUCAUCCUCUGACUCAGAUGCAGAUGUGGAUGAGCUUCCGUUUAUUCCUAUGCCGCUGUCCAUGGUGUUUUCUGGUUCCAGGGUCUCACUUAAUGAGAUCCCAGGGGACGAAGAUGUCACUUUAUGGCCCAGUGUUGCUGCUGAUGGGACAAGGAAAAGGGACAGCAUGGAGCUAGCAGCUACAAGAGGAGGGGCUAAGAACAGGGUGAAAGAUGAAGAGGAAACCCCAAAUGAGGAGAAAGUCGAGAGCACAAAAAGAGCUCCCCUUAAAAAAGGAUCAAGUGUGGAGUCGGACGAUUCACAGACCAAAUCUAGGCGGGCUACCAUGAGGAGAGGCAGCUCUGCUGAUUCAGCACUGCUUCUCCACAUUGACCCAGAAGAAGGAAAUUCCAACAACGACUCAGAAGCAAGCACCAAGAGCCUGAAAAAGGCUGUUUCUAUGGAACUACCCAAUCGCAGUCCAAGCCCGGGAGCGGCGAAAUUAAGCCAGGAAGAUUAUGCCCUAAAACUGGAACUGAUGAGACAGCGUCUGCUCAGGGGUGGAAGUAUGGACAAAAAGAUGAGCGGUCUGCGGGGGCCCUUAUUUGAAACACUCGGCAUGGAAGAUGAGAGACGGACAGGGUCUCUUGAUCGAAAUUUGAGGAGAUCCAGAGCGGGGCCAUCAACACUUACCAGAGCAGCGUCUUCUGAGAGUCCGGGAGAGGAUGUGCCACAGACCAAAGUUUUUCGCAAAAGCGCCUCCUUCACUCAGGGGGAUUCUGAGCCCAUGCCCCUGCACCGCAGGUUUGGAGCUCCCUUGGAGAUACCAUCAAUGGGCAAUGGGAGCAUAGAAGGAAAGAAGCUCCAGGAGGCAACCUCAAUGUCCGCACUUACAGAACCAACACUGGAGUCUACAUCUGCCUCGCCUACAAAGCAGACUUCCUUUAUCCUCCCAACGCCAGGACGACUGGACCAACAGCAAAAACAGAACAAUGUGACAGAAAAUGAGGAUAUGCAAAGUAUAAAUGGUGGAAUAACAGAGAAAAGGACCAAAACCCAGUUAGAUAAGGCAAAUAAACUUGAAUCUGAGUCUAGCUCACCCUCUGUAAUUACUCCUAUAAUUGUAAUAGAGGAGGAUGAUGAUGAAGAAGAAGAAGAGAGGAAAGAAAAUCAGGAGUUACAUAUUAAUGAAAAGGAGAUUAAGGGAGACAAGGGAACGCCACAAAAUAGUAAACCGUCAUCUGCUUAUGCAAGUGUCAUUCAAGCUGUUGCGGUGCCGUCUCAAUCCAAACGUCCCGCUGCUACAGCCAAGUCGAAUGAUACAAAGUCAACAGGUACAGGUACCCCCACAUUACCUGAACAUGCAGCAGUGUUUGCCAAAGUAGCAACUGCUGACCGAUCUCCUGGUUCUAUUUCCUCAUCAUCGAAUCCUGAUCUUCCCACCACCCCCCGCCAGCCUGUGCUCAGAAAAGACAUCAAAGACAUAGAUUCAGAGGAGGUCUUUGAAGCCAGGUUUAAGAAGCGCGAGUCGUCUUUGACCCGUGGCCUCCGAAAACUGACCAGAAACAAAUCGGAGGAGAAAUCACCUGUACUAAGCCGUAAGGGGGUCGAGGGGGGUGAAGACAUUUACAGGCCGGGGCCAAGGGGGGCUCCACUUGAAAUGGUACCCAAAGGACUACAGGAGAGAUCCAAAUCUGUUCAAGAUUUAAGAGAAGAAGAUAAGGAAACAGGCCUUGGUCUGAUUGGGAGGUUUUCCUUACGGACCAAGAGGUCAACAUCUGUAGAUAAGAAGGGUGAGAAACCAAAGGAGGAAAAGAAGGUACAGGAAACCGCUGUAAGCAAGAGGGUUUCAUGGGCUAUUGGUCGCAGUAAGUCCCUGGAUACAAAGGAGCUGAGCAUUGCAGGGGCACAGAGGAAGCAGGAUGAGAGAGAACCAAGAAAAGCUGAGGAGUCAUCGGUUUCUGCUAUGAGGCGCAAGUUUGAGUCCAAAGUGGCAGGAAUCUCUGCCAAACUAAGGACCCAGUCAGAGGAGAGGAAGGAUAAAGAAGCUGAGGAAAGUCAGAAAGAGCUGGCGCAGAAGGAUUUAAAGAAAGUCACUGAUUCCCCUGUCGUGGCAAUGCGACAGAAGUUUGAGAACAAAGUGGCAGAAAUAUCCACAAAGAACCGCAGUCAGUCUGAGGAGAGAAAAGGGGAUGCAGAGGGAAAGAGGACGCCCCUGUUUACCCGCCAUCGUCAUACCCAGUCUGAGGGGCGAGGACUCAAAGGAAUGGGAAUCCCAGAGAAUCAGCUAGCAAAACAGGCCGGUGCUGGUGCAUCCAAGGAAUCACUUGAAUCCACUUCCAGCAUCCAUUCCGAAAAAGCCUCAGGGAGUGACAGGCGGUCGCGGUGGGACAGGUGGGGAUUGACAAGGGGCAAGAAAGACAAGACCCCCUCCCAAUCCGAUCUGCCGUCAUCUGUCCCCAAAGAGGAGGGUUUGUCAAAAAGCCAACAGUUCAACCGCUCUGCUUCGGAUUUUGCUCCCGUGUUCCACAUCAAAUUGAAAGACCACAUCUUGUUGGAGGGGGAACCUGCCACUUUAAGCUGCCUUCCAGCUGGAAGUCCACAUCCAGAAAUUACAUGGAUGAAAGAUCGGAAACCGCUGGAGGUGGAUGACAGAAUUAACCUGAUCUCCCACCCAGAUGGCAGGCAGCUUCUUACGAUCAUAAAGUCCAGCCGGAGGGAUGCUGGAGUUUAUGAAUGUGUGGCUACCAACCCCAUAGCUACCAUCACCACCUCCUGCACAUUGUCCAUAGCUUGUGUCCCAAAACGGCCCGGGACCCCUGAAGUCCCCCAAACUUACAACAAUACAGCCCUGGUGCUCUGGAAGCCAGCAGACACCAAGUCUCCGUGCAGCUACACCCUGGAAAGAAAGACAGAAGGUGAUUCUAACUGGUUGACUGUAGCCACUGGAAUCGUCGACUGCUACUACAAUGUCACAGAUCUGCCACCAGGUGGCACGUUCAGGUUCCGUGUCACCUGCACCAACAAGGCAGGACAGGGACCGAACAGCAACUGCUCUCUUCCAGUGAGCCCAGACACAACAGCUGGAGGAGCUUCACCUGCCAUGGCCGUGGUAAAAACAGUCCCAGCACCAGCCGAACCAGUUGUCACCUCCUCAGUGACCGUGCCUCCACUCAGACCAGUCGAGAACAACGCUCCCAGGAAAACCGUCUCCACCAUCACUUCCACCUCCUCCACUUCUCCAAAAUACGCAGUCUCCCCUGCUGCUUUACCUCUCCCACUUACGUCGGCAACCAAAACGGCUGUCGCUCCCACCCCUCCGACCUCUCUGCCCUCCAGCCUGAAAACAACCCCCCCUUCACCCUCUGAGGACGCUCAAAAAAUGAGCUUCACUCAUCCCUCGUCACCCACAGUCAAAGCACCUCCGCCCUUUGUCCUCCCCAAACCCCAGAGUCCAGUAAACGUGGUGUCUCCUAUGACCCAGUCCCCACCAAUAUCACCGCCACCCCCUCUUGUAACCCCGCCAUCGACGCAAACCAAACCAGCAGUGGCCUCUGUGCCCACGUACGUCCCCGCCACCACCGCCCGUGUGGCCCCAACUCCUGUCUCCUUUACCCCACAAGUGCUCCAGACCUCCAGCCUGAGCCCCAUUGGUGACGGGGCCAGUACCCCCAGCAGAGCCACUCCGUCCGGACGCGCUACCCCCUCCACUGCUCUACGACAGGGCGUUCCACAGAAACCCUACACUUUCUUAGACGAGAAAGCCAGGGGUCGUUUUGGGGUCAUCCGAGAGUGCCGCGAGAACACAACGGGCAAAAUCUACAUGGCAAAGAUCAUUCCCUACAGCCAGGAGAACAAGCAGGAAGUCCUGAAGGAGUACGAGAUCCUGAAAUCCCUUCACAACGAAAAGGUCAUGUCACUGCACGAGGCCUACGUCACGCCGCGCUACCUGGUUCUGGUGGCAGAGUACUGCACCGGCAAAGAGCUGCUGUACAGCCUCAUCGACAGGUUCCGUUACUCCGAGGACGACGUGGUGGGUUACCUGGUCCAGAUCCUCCAGGGUGUCGAGUACCUCCACAACCGCCGCAUCCUCCACCUGGACCUCAAGCCCGACAAUAUCAUUGUGACCAACCUGAACGCCAUCAAGAUUGUGGACUUUGGAAGUGCUCAGAUCUUCAACCCGCUCAGCCUCACACACCAGGACGCAGGAGCAGGAACACUGGAGUACAUAGCUCCUGAGAUGGUAAAAGGUGAAGUGGUUGGUCCUCCUGCUGAUAUUUGGACUGUCGGAGUUGUCACCCACAUCAUGCUUAGUGGUCGACUACCCUUCGAAGAUAAAGACCCUCUACAAGUCGAAUCCAAGAUCCUGAUGGCGAAGUUUGACCCGACAAAACUGUACCCUAAUGUGUCCCAAAGUGCCUCUGCUUUUCUCAAGAAGAUGUUGAGCAGUUACCCAUGGGCCCGUCCGACCACACGAGACUGCUUCACACAGGCCUGGCUGCAGGACUCCUACCUUAUGAAGCUGAGGAGACAGACUCUCACCUUCACCUCCAGCCGGCUCAAAGAGUUCCUGGUGGAACGACAAUGCUGUCGCACAGAGGCCGCCACCAAGCACAAGGUGCUGCUGCGCACCUACCAGAGCUCACCCCAGUCCCCGGCGUCUGGGACUGCACCGCAUGUCCCCAGCCCGAAGUGAGAGGGCGGUGAAAACGCAGCACCUAAACAUGAGUUUGCAGAGCCACCGCUGCAUGAAACAUGUCAGCCUGCCUUGUGAGGCACAGGUUAAGGCACAGGGGGACGGGCAGACGGCUGGAUACAGCUGAAUGUCCAAAGAAAAGACAGGAGUCCACGUGUUAAUUUGUGACACUUCAACAUUCAACACUUGAUGAAACAAAAACACAAAGAGGAGACGGGGACGAGACGCAGACUGCUGUGACCUGUUCAUUGAAUUGACGAAGCUGAGGACUUUUCAUAAACUGUUAAAUAAAGGACACAGGAUGUUCUUUGUAUUGUUUGUUUUUUCUUUUGAUUGCACACUUUCUCAGUCACAUUGUGAAUUCUGAAAUUGGACAUUAAUAUUUGGUUUAGAUAAACAUCAGUCUCCACUCUGCACGAUCAGCCUGGAACGUGUGUAUCAUUAGCGUUUCUACUGCGCAACUUUUGUUUAUGUCACUAAAUUUAGUAGUAAACAACUCGUGAAUGUACCAUGAUUUAAGCUGCUAAUUUAUUUUUGCAUUUACUUACACAUUUUAAAACUCCAAAACCAAAAAUAUUGUUUAUUUUUCUUUCUUGAAAGCGUUUACUUUUUUUUGUUUUCUUCAUGUUAAUUUAUUUGCAUGUGUGAGUGUGCGCGCAAGCAUUUUUGAUUCACUGUUUGAAUUAGCAUCGAGGCAAAAAAAUAUACAUAUAUAAAUAAAAAUAAGGAGUGUCUUUGUGAUUGGUGUUGAAAUUCACACAGUAAAAAUGAACUAUUUUAGAGGUGAGCUAGGAAUUUUUGGUACAACUUCUUGUUCUGUGGUUAAAACUGAACUCUAACUGUAAUAAACUAUGAAAAGCGGUCCGUAAUGUAGAUAAGUCACACACACUGGUUACACAUUGCUGUGGUUUCUCAGUAUUACCCAUCGGUUGGUCAGGUUGCCUCAAAUCAUGAUCAUCCAGUCAGUGCCUAAAUCGGAUUAAUAUCCAAAAUAUUUAUCUUGUAAAUGUGUCUCCAUUCUUACUAAUUCACAAUUGAUGAAUUAUUUGAACAAAGCAAAAAUUUGACUACGAUAUUUGGACUUUACAACAGACAGAUGCAUAUAGAUUCUUACAUACAUGCAUACACACAGUACAGCACAUGCAGUCCUUGUAAUAAUAGAUCGUCUUGUGUAUUGAUCGAUCACAGUGUUCCUUUUUUUGUAUCAAUUUGGACGGUUGAAGAUUUGUAAAUGUACCAAUUUGCGGUGUUUAUAUGUGGAAAAAGUUGCAAAUGUUUUUAUGAGGUAGUAUGUAAUAAACUAUUGAUACAAUUGGGGAAAUAAA